AAAUAACUUGAACUCUGAAGAAACCGGUACGCGCUGCCAACAUUUUCGGUUGUUGUGCAUGUUAAAGUUGAAUGUUGUGCAACCUUGCAGGUCAUCGGCGCCAAUUUUAAAUUUAUUAAUGAAAUCGCAUAAACAGUGGACUUUAUAAUCAAAACAAUUGUAUUUCGUCCCGUUUCGUAACGAACAAGUGUCGCGCCUUUUAGGCUAGCCGGCUUGUGCUGAAAAGACUGAAACGUCCGUAGUGAUGUAAUUAGUAGCUGGUAAAAUCGAGAACCUGGAUUAUAAACAUUAUAAGUUUAGAUUACAUCCUGUUGAUAGUGAUAUUUAUUACAGACAUUAUCAUUUCGACGUUCCCUGAAAGUUUCAGUGAAUCCUAGGACUAUUUUCGUAAUAAGUGAAACAAGAAGAGAUCGAGAUGAGCUUUAAUAAGAACAACCCCAAUGCAAUGGGGAAGAUUAUGGGAUAUCUCAAGCAGCUUUCCACCGAAAUGGGUGGGAACGAGCAAAACCGUAGGGGUCAGGCGGACGAGGAACGACUGUACAGGUCGCGUGGACCCAAAUACGCGAGGGUCCCUUCGAAACCCACCCUAUCAGCUUCGACAACCUGUACCUCCUUGGCGACCUCCUGUGGAUCCCAGGGGACACUCGCACCUAAUUACGCUACGAUUCCCGAAAACGUUUCCACUGAGAGCAGCAGUGAAGACGAACAGGACUCCUUUGAGAAGACCCGUCGCCAUUUCCAGCAAUUACGCCAAAUCAGUCUCGGAAACGAGUUUAAAUACAAAAUGGAGAUGGAAAUAAAAAGUGCUAAAGAUGAGAACUUGAGGAACUCCAUUCCGUUUGUGAAACAACUGAGCACGGACAGUAACAAAGUAAAAAGUGACUAUACCAUCAAUGGAGACACUCAACCUUAUAGACCCACCACCCAGCGAGUUUUUCUUUGGACUCAGAUAUUGGCUGCCUUUGCAGUUUCCAUGGGAUCAUUAAUCGUCGGUUUCUCUUCAGGCUACACUUCACCAGCUAUUACUAACAUGAAUUACACAUUGCAUAUGGAUACCGAGGAGAUAAGCUGGGUUGGUGGAUUGAUGCCGUUAGCUGCGUUGGUUGGCGGUCUAUCUGGAGGGCCGCUUAUUGAAUAUUUGGGAAGAAGAAUAGCUAUAAGCGGAACAGCUAUCCCCUUCUUCGUGGGAUGGAUGCUUAUUGCAAAUGCAUAUAAUGUGCCCAUGGUAUUUGCUGGAAGAGCCCUAUGUGGAGUCUGCGUUGGUGUCGUAUCUCUUGCCUUUCCUGUCUACCUCGGAGAAACCCUACAACCUGAAGUAAGAGGCGCCCUUGGAUUACUUCCAACAGCAUUUGGUAAUACUGGCAUUCUACUGGCGUAUUUCGUUGGAAGCCAUUUGGAUUGGUCACAACUUGCAUUCUUCGGUGCAGCACUCCCCGUUCCAUUUUUCUUGCUUAUGUUAUUGACACCGGAAACUCCUUAUUGGUACGUCUCGAAAGGACGUGUUGAAGAUGCUCGCAAAUCUCUACAGUGGCUUAGAGGCAAGAAUGUGAACGUAGACAAAGAAAUGCGAGAUCUCACAAGACUUCAAGCCGAUUCUAAUCUAUUGGGUGGUAAUGUCAUAGGACAGUUAUUUAGUAGAAGAAAUAUGCCCGCUUUGCUCAUAGCACUAGGUUUAAUGAUUUUCCAGCAAUUCAGUGGCAUUAAUGCAGUUAUAUUCUAUGCUCAAUCAAUAUUCCAAAUGUCUGGAAGUAGUAUCGACACCAAUUUAUCAAGCAUCAUUAUUGGACUAGUAAAUUUCGUGUCCACGUUUAUUGCAACUGCUCUCAUUGAUCGUCUCGGCAGAAAAAUUCUUUUGUACAUUUCCUCAACAUCUAUGAUCAUAACAUUAAUGGCAUUGGGAGCAUAUUGCUAUUUGAAGAUAGCUAAAGUGGAUGUUUCAGCAUAUGGAUGGCUGCCAUUGGGCUGUCUCGUGAUAUACGUGUUGGGAUUUUCAGUCGGCUUUGGACCUAUUCCAUGGCUGAUGCUUGGAGAAAUUUUACCAGCAAAGAUUCGCGGUUCUGCUGCAGCAAUGGCAACUGGACUUAAUUGGACGUGCGCCUUUAUCGUCACCAAGACAUUCCACACUCUUAGUAAUGCAAUACAAAUGCACGGCACAUUGUGGCUAUUUGGAGUUAUAUGCCUUGCUGGAUUAUUCUUCGUCAUUUUCUUCGUGCCCGAGACUCGAGGAAAAACUUUGGAAGAGAUCGAACUUAAACUAACUGGAGGAUCACGCAGAGUCCGAAAUAUUAAAAGCAGUAAAACUGCACAGAAUGGGUGCUAAAAAUAACGAAGCGGUGUAAUAUAACUAUGUACAUUCCUGAAAGCAGAUGCUGCACGUAAGCUACCUAGCAUAAAAUUUAGUAAUUUAAGAAGGAGGUGAAAUUAGGCAAAACACUGUGAUCAGUGUAUGCAGAAGACUGAUUUGGAUUGUAGCCAUGAAUUCUCUGUAAUCUCUUGUAAUUAUAACGAAAUGCGUGCUUAGAUAAUAUAAUUGUCAAUCAACUAGUUCCUUUAGUUAGGAUCAUAUGAAGCAUUCCGCCCAAGCUCAGCUAGGCUGUGUUGUGCUCGUAAAUCAUUUUUGUCAACAUUCUUUCAGCGGUUUAGGAAUCUUGAGCCGUUAUGAAUGACAUAUGUAGUAAUUUUUUUUAUUUGGUAUAAAAAUCAUCAAAUCUAUUUGGAGAUCUUGAAGGAAUCAUAAAUUAUGAUUUAUAUUUAAUAGUUACCAUGACAAAUAUAAAAAACAAAUUAGAUAAUUUAUGAUUAUGUCCAAAUGAUUUGUUUUACCAAAUGUUUUAAUAAGUAAAUUAGUUUUAGGACUUUAUUGAUUCCGUAUAUUACGGAGUCGUAUUUAUUUGAUUUGUUGUUACUUUUUUAUAAAUAUAAAUAUAUUAUGGUAAA